GUGGUGCUGCUGCUGCCUCAAAAUCAUUCGUUGUUCUAACAAAAAUAUUAUCACUUCGUUUUAUCGGAUCCGUCUCAUCGAUAGUCCAAGAUUAGAAGUAUUGCUUUAUCGUCAAGCGAACAUUGUUUACAUUUUGGCUGUACCUGUAAUUUACAACCAUUUGGGUCGCCUGAAGCUGAACCGUUCUCGAAGUAACGAUGGCUACGGAACAAUCAACGGCACGAUUGUGGCCGUAUUUGCGCGUAGAACCGGUUCCAAACGGUGUUACACCAGCAUUGGGUAGAAAAGAAAUGCUACGUGUACCGUGAACGUUUGGAUAAGGAUCAAGGUUCUACAUAUGUCUGUACACGAAUAAUAACCGAAACACUUGAAUAUGGAGGUUUGAAGCUGCGGCGCAAUAUGCGUGGAAAGAAAUAGCAAUGCAAACGGCAUGCAGGCAUCUGUUUUAACCGAAUCGAUACUUCGAAAAAUUCCACAAAUAUUGCAAACCCGGGAAAGAUGAAUCUCAGUUUCGGUGGAUCGAAAAGCAAAAUGCAUUCUGCAACAGGAAGUGGAAAAGUGGAGUUUUCUUGCAGAAAGCAGAUGCACUGCUCGAAAACAUCCGCUCCGGACACGUAAUCGUCAACCAAAGACAAGUAUUCGAUCCGCUGGCCUAACCCAUCGGUGCGAGUCGGAGAAAACCCAUCCGUCAAAAAGAAACAGCAAUUGAAAGGAAGCUUUCCAUCUCGCUCUGUCUACUGUUCCGGCCUAUGCAAGUAGUUCGGAUUUGUGUAGUGCGUUGAAGAUAGGUUUGCCGAAGGCGGUGGUGGUGGCGGCGGCGAUGUUGAAGGGGCACCCGAGUGAGGCACACGGAGUAUCGUCUCUUUCUCGCAUUCUAGAACGACCCCGACAGCAACGCAGCAGCAGCAGCAUUUUUCGUCGUCCGCGUUUUCGCGUUUUUAUCGUGUGAAAGCAAAUAAUUUCCUGAUCGAAAUUUGCUGUGAACAUGGCUAAAGGUGCGUGACAGCGAAUGGUGCAAAGCGUGAAAUGUGUGCCGUGAGCAAUAAUCGAUUGUAGCUCGUCCAAAAUCGCAGACGUAAUGAAGAAAAGGUGAAGCCAUCUUUUUUUCCGUGUUCAUCGUUCAUGCCCCAUAGCGGCGCGCGCGUGCGGGAGAGAAAGGGUUGGGUGCGUACGCCGUGUGUGUAUGAGCGAGUGUGUGUGUGUGGUUGGAAGUGAGAAGAAGACGUGCGCGCGGGUUUGAAGUGCAAAAGUUGGAAGUUGGAAGUGUGUGUGGGGUAGGGUGGUUGGGGUGAGCUGGAGGAAGAAGGUGAAACGCGGUGAAGUGAGCGUGAGCGAACCGUGAAGAAGGAAACGGGAGUGAAUAAAAAAACGACAGCGAAGACGGCGGCAAUCGAUUGUUGGCGUGUGUAGUGGUGUUGGUGGUGCAUACGGGCACACGACAGCGCCAGCAGCAGCAGCAGCGGGCGCGCGCGUUUGUGUGUGUGUGCGCGCUCGGUACCACCAUUUUAAUGUACCAUCAUCGAGCAGGCGAGGUUUGCUGCGUAUGUGUGCUUGAAGGGGGGCAUUUAGUGUGUCGAAUAGGUAAACGCAAGGAAGGAAGCGAGCAUUAAGGAGGCUUUCUUCAAAAGAAGGUGUAAUUUGGUUGGUGUGAUUGUGUGAAACAAAUACACCGAAACAUCGCUCCCGAAAAAGAAGCCGCAAUUAAAAUUUGUGCUCAAAAGUGAAAAUUUCCAUCGAAUGCUCACAGUGGUGGUGUAGCAUAAUUUGCAACGCAAUCGCGCGUCGCAUCAUUCUCCCUAUUUGUUGGGAUAUAGUGCGUGAUUCGAGUGUGUGUGCGUGUGUUCGCUCGUGCAGCAGCAGCAGCGCUCUGGAAAGCAUUAACAUACCCAUCUUUCUUGGCCCAGCCAAAAAUCCCUUCAAAAAAACACACACACACACUAACCCAUACAUCCCGGUACAUAGUGCGUGAGACGAAAUCGCGUGUCGCUGAGAAGCGAGAGUGAGCGUGAGUGCGACAGUGAGUAACAGCGAGAACACCGAAAACGCAGCAGCAGCAGCAGCUCCCAGCAAAUAGUGAAGCGGGAUUUCGUUUGUUUCAUAACCGGAGUUUGGGUGUGCUGUUUGCCUGGUCUACGAAGGAAACCGAGUCAGCAGCACGGCACUCGUUGUACGGAAAGUGUAAAAUUAAACACUAUUUGCGCGAGAAAACGGCUAUUUGGACGGCGGCGGCACUAAGCAGGCCAGAAAACACCAACAACGCGCUUUAUCUCCGAAAAGGUUAUGUUUGGUGCCGUCAGUGUGUGCGCGUCGCCAGUGAGAGAGAAUAUCAGUCGUGUGUGAAGAGGACACCGACAUCUUGAAGCUAGAAGCAGCAACGAAAACAGUAGAAGCUGUCCCCCUGGAUGUGUAAUUUGAUCGCAGCGAACGGAUUAGAACCUACCACACAAUCUCCCAAAGGGCGAAAGCCAAAAAUCAGCCUACGCCGUAGGAGAGAGCAUACGCAUUUGCAUGUGCAACGGUGAAUGGGACUAGCGGUCGUCGCGUCGGUGCCCGUGGAAAAUAGAUCCGAUGCAGUGGAAGCGAUGGCACCCGCUCUCACCGAGCCACUAAGCCAAAGCAAACUGUCCUCUUCGGCUGCAUCGGGUGCGUCACCGCGUACGAGCAGCAGCACAACGUCCACAGCGACCACCACGUUCGACGGAACUACCAUCCUUACCUCGCCGGGUAAUGUUCACACCGAACUAGAUCUCCAUCAGCAGCAGCCACAAACGCAACAACAGCUGGAGGAGCCAUUUGUGAAUGCACCAGAGCUGCACCAUCUACAGCACUCGGUGCCGGUGGACGUGUCCGAAACUGUAGUAGUAACGUCCACGACCACGACACUACCCGAGGAACAGAUUGUCCCCGGUGGUGGUAGUGGUGGUGGGGUGUCACAGGGUUGCCAAGGAACGGCGAUAAUGUCCAUGCUGAUGGGUUCCAGCGACGGUGUUGGAUCGACCACGGUGGACGACAUACAGAAUAACAAUAGUGGCGAGCCCGGUUUGAAGCUCGAUACCGAUACGAACCGGGACCUGAUCGAACUGGCCCUGGAGCAACUGCACCAGGACGCGACCAUGGGUGGCGGCGGCAAUGGCAACGAAACGGCUGCGACGGUGGUCGACUCGAUGACGGUGUCGAACGUUGUGGACAUGGCAUCCGUUGCGGCGCAUUCCUCCAUGCCUGCGAACGUGCUGCAACAACAUCCAAUCGCCGAUCUGAUGCCGAUGGAGCUACCGCCCACGCAGAUGAUCGUGCCUCAGGGCGGCUUUCCCGAUGCACAGCAGCAACAGCUACAGCCACAACAGCAGAUGCCGAGCGGCGGGUUUAUGAGCAUCCCGAUACAAGAUUCCUCACAAUCCUCAUCCUCGCUAACCGGCAUGGGUGGCAUCAGCGGGUCCAGUGAGUUGGGCAUGCAGCUGAAGGAAAGCAGCGAAGUGGAUCAGAUGAUACGCGAACUAUCCACGGCGGAUAUCGAUCUGCUGCAGGUGUUCAAAAGCUUCGACAACAACAGUCUGCUCCUGUUCAGCGACGUGGACGUCGCGAACCUGUGCGACGUGCCGGUCGGUGACGGCAGUCAAUCGCAAUCCUCCCCGAACAAAGAUCGCGAGCGGCUAGAGCAGCACGCCGAAAUCCUUAAAAUGCAGGCACAGAUGCAGCGGAAGCAGGAUUUCCUUGCCCGCCGACUCAGCAAGCUGAAGGCCCGGUACAUGGGCCAGCACGUGAGCGAAGAAAUUGCUGGCCUGUUCGAGUACACCCAACGCUUCUGGAAGAAGCGUGAGAAAGAGAAUGCAAAACAGUUACACAACAUGAACAGUAGCAGCAUCGGUGCGGGUGGGUUGGUGGGCAAUAGCGGUGGUUCGAAUGUCCCGGUGGGAGGAACGUUUGCUUCCGGCGGCGAGGGGGGUAACAGUUGCUGGCCCGAUAUUAUUCCGUUCCAAGCACCGCCGCCCGAUCAGACGCCGGAAAAGAUGAAACCGAUCUCGGCCAACGCACUGAAAACGUUCACCAAGCGGCUCGAAUCGAUUGCGAACACGAUCUGCUCGGAGCAGAGCAAACGUGUCCUGGACGGGCGUUACUUUCACGGUGUCGGUAAUGCGGCGGCAUCGGCAGCAUCCGGAACCUCCAUCGCACCAUCGACUAGUGGUGGUAGCACCGAUCCGACCAGCUUCGUCUCAAACAUCUCCAACACCAUCCCGCUGUUCGAACGGUCGGCUGCGCAGGAACUGGAACAGACGGCCGGUUUGCUGUAUGCCGAGCUGCGGCAGGUGCAGGCCACGAUCGAUUCGGACGCUACGCUCAGCAGCUCGGGCGGUGAGUCGGCGGACGAAUCGAUACCGUAUGUGAACGAUGUGCAAGAACCACUUCCAAUUACCGAACGAGCCGCCUGGAGGUGGGCAAACGAUCGUGCGGCCGUCGCCAGCAAAUGGACGUGGGUUUGUGCCCGCGUAGCCGACCUUGAGUAUCGGAUCCGGCAGCACGGCGAGGUACUGAACAAGAUACGGUACAACAAAGGUCCGGUCCUGCUGGAGGACCCGUCGCUAGCCGGCGAUCAGCAGCCCCAACAGUCCCAACAGUCGGUGAACGGUUAUCGUGGCCAGUUACCGGGCAGCAGCAAACCCUUAACAUCCCAGGCUAGCGCAACGGACGAGGAGGAUGCCGAUACGGUGCCCAGCUGUUCCCGGACGAGGCCCUACUGUCGCUCGCAGUUCCGGAAGCGGAAGCUGAUGCAAACGCACAACCUGCACACCGUAUCGAAACGGGCAGCAAAACCAAGCAACAUCAAGUGCGGUUGCCAGUGGCCGUUGCUUCCCUGUGCACUGUGCACGGGACGUACCGAUCCGACCGCACUGCGUGAUCCGCUCGAUACGCUUACGUUCCCGGAACGCGUUGCACUGCUCGAUGCAAGCUUCCAUCCCGUGUUGAGCUUCCCAGAAGACAUUUCGCACAGCAUACACCUGGAGGCAAUAAUGCGAACGCCGGACUGGCAAAGUAAGAUGAUUCGCAGCAAAGCCACCCCCGCUAGCCUUGCGGAACCAGUGCCGGCGGGAUCGUCGGCUUCACGCGGCGGAGCAUUUUUCUCAUCCGGUGACGAGAUGACACCAUCCUCGCACGGCAAGCGCUACAUCGGUUCGGACGGCAAGCGGAAGUACGAAUCGAUGACCAGCAACAAGUACAAGAAUAACGAUCGCUACAUGAGUGAUAGUGGAAAUAAAUCCAAAAAAGCCAAAUCGAAGCGGGAUGUGAUACUUUCGAACAGCCGUAAAUCCGGUUCCGGUUACGCGUACGACGGUUCGCGCUCGGGCUCGAACGGCCAUCGAAGCAGCCGGAAUCAGGCGGGCGUCAGCAAGUCGAGAAAAUCUUCCCAUUGCUACGAUAGUUACGAUGGCAACAAUGAUGGUGGCGUUUGCCGCAGCAGAAACACUUCCCCAUCGGCCAACAAUCGGAACGAGCGGAGGUAUCGCAACACGAGUGCAUUCGACAUCGGUAGCAUCGUUAUUCCACAGAGUAUGGCGGCAUCAACGAGAGUGUCACUACCACAGUAUAAGGAUAUCGCUGUACCGAAAUGGCGCAUUGUUGGUGAUUAUGAGGAUGCAGAUGAAUCGUUCAACACCCAGCUGAACAGUUCUGAUAUUGCAUCGAACAGUAGCCAAAACGUAAUGCUCACUCCGGGCACGGAACAGCUGCUACCCACUGAAGGAGCGAACGCGACCGUACCGAAAACUCCGAACAAGAGCGAGUCGGCGAUUCCACCGAAUGGUACGAAAACUGCAACUUCCACCUCCGGCUACCUGGAGGCGGUACAGCAGCAGCAACAGCAGUUGAUUGUGAUACCGGCGCAGGACGAGGAGGAUAUAUCGGAUGAAGCGAUCAUGCUGAAGCACGACCGUGCCCUGCAGGAAGAGCGCAAAAAGUUCCGCACGUUCCUAAAGUUCCCGUGGAGCCGGCCCCGUGCCAAGCGGCGCACGGAUAGUCGGGCCGGCUCGAGCGGUGGCAACACACCCGAUCCGACAUCGCCCGCACCGCCAACACCGAUGGUGGAGCAUGAUUCUUCGCCGGCAUGCCCAUCGACUCCAAUCACGCCCCAGGAUGGACAGGAGCUAUCCGAAGCUAAUGUUAUCAAUGCGCUUAAUAAAAGUCUCCACAAGAAGGAACGCCGUAGGACGGUAUCAUCGAAGCGGGAAGAUCAGCAAACUCAGGGAGCUGGCACUAUUACUCCGGACACGCGCGAAGUUGUUUCACCGUACGAAGCACUACAGUUUCCGCUGGAGGACAACAUUUUCGAGGACAUGGUACGCUCGAUGCCGAGCGACCAUCUCGACAACGACUGCCUCAGCAAGCUGACCGGCCGGAACGGGCUACCGUUCCGGCGGCCGGCGCACCGCAACAACAACAUACUGCUGAAGGUGAACGCGAGCGUGAACCUCGCACCGGCCAGCCUCGGUUUGGGCAGCCAAAACCCGCUCAGCUCGAACGCAUCGACCGCGACAACCGUAUCGGCCACCGAAACCGAUCUGGAAGAUUUCGACGAUGAAGAUCUGAUGCUUGCGAAGCGGAUGGAGCAGGAGCUGAUUAUGCAGCGGCUACUGAACAGCCGCAGUGAAUCGCAGCAGUACGAAAUUGAGCCCCCGUCCGCGAAACCGAUGCUCGACGACGACGAGGACGCCAUCGACGACGAGGAGACGGAUACGGGCGAAUCGCUGUUCGUCGAGGAGGACGAUCCGAACGAUCCCGAGUGGCACGAUCGUCCAACGGGCGGUCGUUCCGGCGGGGGUGUGAGUGGUUGUGGCGUUGGUGGAAGCAAUGGUGCGGGGGGCAGCAAUGCAAGGGUGUAAAGGAAACACCCACGCGCGACCGACCGGGCGGGAGAGAUUUAGUUUGAAGCUUUACAUUCUUAAGCAUGUUUAGGGUGGGAUUACACACACACACGUUUUGUUACGCUCCACAAUGUGAGCCGAUUAUUUUAAGCCGUCUCGUAGAAGAUGCGAAACACUAGAAUCGCGAUCAUUUUGUUCAACAGUGAUAGUGGUAGUGGUACACAUACACACAACCGAUAUGGACCGUGCAAGCGCACCGAGGUUCGCAUGAGAGAAGGAUAAUGCCAUAAUCGCUAAAAGGGAGGUGGAUCCGUUUUUUUACCAGUCCAGUCAACACACACACCAAUGCAUCAUCCAAAGUGGUGUGUUUUCGUUUCUUUUACUCUUCAACUAACGAGCGUGGAAGCACUUUAUUUUACCUCAAACUUCUUUCACUUCGCUCAUCGAAUGUGACUCCCUCACACUAAGGGAGCUGGAUUUGUUUGAACGGACGGACAGACAGUGAGAGUUUUAUCUACACACGCGCACACACACACACAUGCCGCCUUCUUUUGAAAGGUGCUGUGAUGAUCGUUUUUUUUACUAUCCUUCUCCAGUCUCGUAAUGACAAAAAGUCUUUUUGUUUUUGCUGUUUGCACCCAAAGCAAACUAAAUUAAGGCGAUAAGAGUGUGUGGAUGCGUACGGGUGUGUGUGUUAUGUUGGCAAAGCAUAAGCAAAGUAAAGCAAAGAAGCAGCGGUUAAGUUUGUUUAAAUGCAUUUAAAUAUUCUUCUUCGUACGGACACUCAUCCUCAACACAAGCACACACACACACACAACCAACAUUUAACAUUUAAUUCCGUUUUACAUGGGCAAACAGUGAGGGGAAUGGCAAAUUGAGCAGAAUAACGCCAGAACAGAUCAUUUGCGGGGGUGAGUAAGGGCGCGCCGUGUGCUAUCUUUUCCCCCUUUUUUAUAUCUCGUACAUGAGUUGUGUCCCUUUAAAAUGUGUGGCAAACCACUGUUUCUGUUAUAUUUUUUUUCUCGCUCUCUCUCUCUCUCUUUCUCUUUAUGCGUGUCAAACACAUAAAAGUAAGAAGUUGGAAGCUCUUAGGUAUGAUGUAGUUGGUUGGAGCUAAGGUAGCGCGGCAUAUUUCACCUAUAAUGGUAGUGGUGGCGCUGUAUGAUGCUUCACUUAAUGAAUUCUUUACUGGCGCCACAGUUAGGCGCGCGGAUGGUAAAACAAAAUAUAAUUUUAAAAUAUUUUUCUGUUUAAAUAAAGCUUAGCCAUUUUAGAUGAUUUGCAUUAACCGGCGAGGAGCGAGACAGAGAGAGAGUGUGUGUGAAGGUGGGAAGGAUGUAAGCAAGAGGGGGAAGAUGAUUUCUACAGCAGCACCACACAUACAAACAUGCAAAAAUAAUCCUUUUCUCUCGUACGACAAAACAUUUACCAGCGCAACCAGUAAUCUUGUUGAUUUUUUUUUCUCUUGAUAACGCUCACCCUCUAACUGCGGGCGAUUGCCAUAACCCAACAUUACACAAAAACUUACAAUACUAAAAGAAGAAGAGAGAAAAACGUUUGGUAAAACAACAAAUUGUUGUUGACAAAAAAAGAAGGAGAGACUAGCAUGUAAAUUUUAGUUUACCUCUAUUAUUAAACCGCCCCCGCCCCCUGUACACGAUCGAUGGAUCUAAGGUCUAAGGAAACUAAUCACAGAUAGAUCGAUCGAGAUCGAUUUUCUUUUUAAAAGGCGGAACUAUUAUUCAAAAUGUUUCUGUCGUUUGUGAAUACGUGGAAAACUAUUGUUGAAGAGGAUAAGAAGGGGGGAGUGGAGGCACCGGGAAAUGGCGGUGGAUGUAUGUUACGCAAAGUCACAUAUAUUAUAUGUAGAAAUAUGUAUGUAGUAGCAGUCAUGUACAUCUGCUUUAUUGAAAAAGCGCUUCAGUUGUGGAGGAGGAGAUAGGAAGGGAAAUAGUAGUAGGACAGAGAGACGGGGAGGGAGAUACAGAGAGAGAGCGAGAGAGAGAGGUAUAUAGUUUCGUAACAGGAAAAUAAGAAAAAUAUCUAUAAAAAUGAAAUUAAAAUUCAGCCAGAGCCAGACAAGCGGUAUGUUGUUUA